AUGGCCCUCUAUUCGGAAUCGAAGCGCUCUCUGCGCGUUUUCCUUCUCUUCCUGUCCUUCUACGUGCUGCUUCGAUCGGGCAAUUCCCUUUCCUUCAACAUAUCUCGGUUCGACUCACACGCCACAGACAUGGUCUAUGAAGGCGACGCGAGGCCGAACGUUGGUACCAUUGACUUCAAUAGCCUCACUUACUAUAGCCAUGUCGGCCGGGCAUUUUACGCAGAGAAGCUGUGGCUCUGGGACUCCGCCUCUAGGAGGCUCACCGACUUCUCCACUCACUUCUCCUUCGCCAUUGACACACGGAACCGGUCGGAGUAUGGGGCGGGCUUGGCCUUCUUCCUCGCCCCAGUCGGGUUCCAAAUCCCGGUCAAUUCGAUUGGCGGCUUCUUGGGGCUGUUCAACACCACGAACAGCGACUCGUCCUCAAACCAAAUCGUCACAGUCGAGUUCGACUCCUUCGCCAAUCCCGAAUGGGACCCUCCUUAUGAGCAUGUCGGGAUCAACAAAAACUCGAUCGCCUCAGCCGUGACCACCCCUUGGAACGCCAGCUUCCACAGUGGCGACACCGCCGACGCGUGGAUUGUGUACAACUCCACGACCAAGAACUUGAGCGUAUCUUGGAGCUACCAGACUACACCAAACCCGCAUGAAAACACGAGUAUUUCGUAUUUGAUUGAUCUCACCGCUGUCUUGCCUCAGGAGGUGAUGAUUGGUUUCUCCGCUGCGACUGGCUAUUACGUUGAACGUCACCAACUUGGAUCUUGGACCUUCAGUUCAAACCUCGGAGUCAAGGAAAAGAAAGGAAAUGCCAAAGGGACCAAGUUAGUCGUUGGCUUAGCAGUUCCGCUAGGAGUCCUACUCUGCGGCAUGGUGGCGAUAUCAGCAAUCCUCUGGAGAAGGAAGAGGUGGAGCUUGGGAUCGGAGAUGGCAAUGACGUCCAUAAACGAAGAGCUUGAGAGAGGCGCAGGGCCACGUAGGUUUGCGUAUUCGGACCUUGCUUCUGCUACCAACAACUUCGCUGAGGAGAGGAAGCUGGGCCAGGGCGGGUUCGGGGCAGUCUACAGGGGAUAUCUGGUUGGCCUGGAUGCGGCAGUCGCGGUGAAGCGGAUAUCGAGAGGUUCAAAACAAGGGAAAAAGGAGUUCAUCACCGAGGUGAAGGUGAUCAGCAGCUUGAGGCAUAGAAAUUUGGUGCUACUUAUAGGUUGGUGCCACGAGGCGAAUGAGUUCAUGCUCGUCUACGAGUUCAUGCCGAACGGUAGCCUCGACAGGCACCUCUUUGGCAAGAAGAGCCCUCUAAGCUGGGCUGCCCGGUACAAGAUUUUGGUCGGGCUCGCCUCCGCGCUCCUCUACCUCCAUGAGGAGUGGGAGCAGUGCGUGGUGCACCGGGACAUCAAGUCGAGCAACGUGAUGCUAGACUCGGGGUUCAACGUCAAACUCGGAGACUUCGGGCUGGCCCGCCUCAUGGACCACGAGCUUGGGCCACAGACGACCGGGCUAGCCGGCACGUUUGGAUACAUGGCCCCAGAGUAUGUGAGCACAGGGCGAGCGAGUAAGGAGUCCGAUGUGUACAGCUUCGGGGUGGUUGUACUCGAGAUUGCUACGGGACGUAGGUCCGUCGAUCCGAUGGAGCAAUCGUCGCAGAUGAGUCUGGUGGAGUGGGUGUGGGAUCUCUACGGGAAAGGCCGGGUCGUUGAGGCCGUGGAUGAGAGACUCCAAGCGCAUUUUGAUGGGAAACAAGUGGAGUGCGCGUUGGCCGUGGGCUUGUGGUGUGCUCAUCCCGACCGGGGCUUGAGGCCCUCCAUAAGGCAAGCGCUUCAGGUCCUCAAUUUCGAGGCCACGGCGCCGGUUCUUCCUAAUAAGAUGCCGAUCGCAGUGUACCCCGUGCAGUCGCCACCGUCCGUCAGCUCCAGCAAGCCUUUCGUCACCAAUAGUCUCCAAGAAGGUCGUUGA